AUGAUCGCGUACGGGCUAGCGUCGCUCGGCACGCUUCUCCCCGCCUCCUGCUGCAACCUCUCCGAGAUCAUCAACUCUCGCGUCGUCGCCACCGUCCUGCUCCAGCUCUGGGCGUUCCCCCUUCUCGUCGCGCUCUACACCUUCAGCGCGCAGACGAGCCCGUGGGCGUACUUCGCCGUCGUCUCGCUCGUCACGGGCUUCCAGUAUGUGCACCCGGUGCAGGUCGCGCGCGCGUCGACGAACUCGUCCGAGGUCGGGACGCGGAUGGUGUCCGCGUCGUUGUACAACAUGUCCGUGCAGGCGAGCAGAAUUGUCACAGCGAACAUCUACCGGGAGCGCACCGAUGGGAUGCGCUCAGGUGACACCGCCGUGCAAACAAACGCGGGGACCACGCGCCCAACGGACCACGGUGAUGAACAUCGUCGUCUCCUGUUCACCUACUUGUUCCACCGCACGACCAACAAGCGGCGCGACCGGGUCUGGCAUGGGUGGACGAAGGAGGCAUAA